AAAUGUUCCGACAGGAAAGUGUCUGAAAAACGGAUUUAUCCAACGUUUGCCAGAACAUUUCCCCCAAGCUCCAAGCAGUCCAAAUCAGUAAUCUCAUUGUUGAAACAUUUCGAGUGGACCAAAGUAAUCUUGGUUGUUUCCAAGAAGCCAUCGGAUGUACAAAUGGAAGAGGCUUUGAAUGGCCUGGCUAGGGAACACGGUAUCACUGUUACGGAAACCCACUACAUCCCUGGCCACUAUCUGACCAAACAUAACGAGACUGUCAAACAGAUCAUACUCCAGACUUACAAGAAGACUAGAGUAUAUGUUCUAUUGGCUGACAAUCAUCCCAUGGUGGACUUUACUCGGUAUAUGUAUGAGAAAGGUCUACUGAAGAAUGGGGAAUACGUCAUUAUUUGUGUGGACGACGAGGUCUACGAUCCUUCCAAGGAACGUCAGUACAUUUACAAAGAAUCAGAGGCAGCAGACAGUGACGUCCUCCCUUUUCGAGCAGUGUUCAUUGUCACUCACCGAGCUGCUAUUAACCCUGAAUAUGAAGAUUUUAAACAGAACGUUACUUCGCUCUCUAUGUGUCCGCCUUUUGUUAUUCCCGCUCAUCCCCACCUCGCAUUACCGGUGCCCCUGUAUGCUGGCUUAGCCUAUGAUGCUGUCAUGAUCUACGCUAAAGCACUGACGGAGGCUUUAAAUAAUCAUCUGACAGAGUAUGACGGAAAAGACAUCAUAGACAACAUCAGGGGCCACGAAUAUCACAAAAACAGGGGAAUAAUGGCUUAUGGUAAAGUUGGGAAUUGGCUGGAUUCAGAACAGAAAGUGGGACAAGUAAUCUUACUUCCGGGAGUUUAG